AUGGGCGUCCAGGGUCUGACGACCUGGGUCGACCAGCAUACGACCCUAUGCGAAUACCACGAACUGUCAUCCGAUGGUGCUGCCAGCGUCCGGUCUGGCGAUGCCGCGAUCCCGUUCAUCAUCGACGGACUUGCUUUCCUGUCAUACCUCUUCCGCCUUAACAACCUCGCCAUCGUCGAUCCUAUCCGAGGCGGAAACUACCUCGAGCUGCGACGCCUUCUUCGGGAAUGCAUCGAAUACUACCGCGCCGUGGGGCUUGAACCCGAGAUCGUCUGGGACGGUAAGAAGCCCCCUAUGCCGACCAGCGCUGUGAGCUCGUGAGCUAAAGAUGGUUAGUGCAUCUCCGUUUUGCUCGCAGGACCUUACGGUAUCAGCAAGACGGAAACGAUCCUCAGCCGGGGAAGACAAGCGAUCCGCACCUCGCACGACUUCAUGCGCUCCAGCGACGACCAGCGAGCUCAUUUGCACGUGAUCUCUAGAGCGGCUAGACUGCCCCUGCUCGCUAGGUCGGCGUGCACCUACGAACUGCAUCAGCUUCACGUCAAGAUGCAUUCGGCUCAGGCUGAAGCUGAUUCUCCGACGGCUGAGUUGGCUCAACGCAGCAAUGGCUAUGCUGUCUCGCAAGGUGGGCCCCCACCUCCGGCUUGGGCUGAGAGCAUGCGAGGCUGAUCUUGGUCCGUCCGCUUGCAGACAGCGAUUACUUCAUUCUCCCUGCCAUCUCGAGGGGCUAUGUACCGCUGGACCGAAUCGGAUACGGCCCCGGACGCAUGGUACGACCCGGGAUGCUUCGCCCUGGCUCGAGAGCCGUGCUACGUAUAGGGGUCUAUCAACCGGCGCGCGUCGCACAAAUGUUGGGGAUCCCCCUUGAACGUCUACCUGUGUUUGCUGCCCUGGCGGGGAACGAUCUAGCGGAUCUCACCAAGACUUUCCACUCAACGUCGAGUCAGAGAAAACGCUCGAGGUCACGUCCUUUGCGCAAAAUGGACAUUGACAAAGUGGCGAACAUCAUCGCAUCGAUCGAAUCCACCUGCACUCUCGAAGAGACCCUGCAGAUCGCACUCGCCAAGCUUCUGGGCAAAUUCCAACCUUCAACGACGAUGCUUGAAGAGCUUGCUGCUUCGGCUCGGUCCUACGAACUCGUGUCGAUCGAGACCAUCAUUCCGGGGUUCCCUCUACAACCGCGCAUCUCCGACAGCCCCGAACAAGCCCAAUGUCGACGGCUGUACUUUGAUGAGAUCUUUGCUCGGGGUGACUCGGCCAAUUUCAUCUACCAAGCAACGCAAGCGCAACUCGUGGUGUCCAAGAUCACGGUUGAACGGCCCGAGUUUCGUUCGCCCUGCUUGACACUGGGUCGUCCCUUGCGAUCCCUCAUCUAUGCCGUACUCGACGAUGCAAUUGGUAUCGGCGCUCUGGCCAUUACCGAGUACUGUCGAAGGGAGAAUGAUUUACAUGCGACCCUCGUCCCCGUUCGCACCGUCGCGAAUUGCUCAAAGUCGCCGAUCCCUACCCCACUAUUGCUCGCCCCAAUCGGCGAGCGUCUACGCUUCCUGGUCGGCGCAUUCGAUUUCACGAUACCCUCAUCGACGACCAAGGAUGAAAUAUUCCGUUACCUUCCGCUCUUACUUGCUCUUCGACACAUUCAAUCCCACGCUCGAGUUCCUUGGUCCCGGUCAAUGCUCAUUUCUGCCCUCGCGACAGCCGUUACCCUCUCUUCUCCAGACCGGUACCACCAACUCAAAGUCGGGACUCAACUCCCUCGAGCGGCCAAUAUCGAACACAUUCAAUCCUCCGUCGAACUCGUCCAGACGUUGCACUACCUACAAAUCCUGCUCGAGGCGUUAUUGCUUGCCCAGGAAUUGACCCCUUGUCAUCUCCUAUUCGAUGGCGGCGUUUUGCAUGCUUUUUUGGCAGAGGGGGACGAGGUCGAGAAGCUUUUGGGCCAAUUAUUGGGAGAACAGGUAUUGAAAGAGGUUGGUGGGUUGGUGGAACUGGUGGAACUGGUGGAACUGGUGGAACUGGUGGAACUGGUGGAACUGGUGGAACUGGUGGAACUGGUGGAACAAUGA